AUGGCGGCGGCGGCGGGUGACCAGUGUGCGGCGGUGGCCUCGUGCGGCCAGGACAGCUACCGCUCGCCGCUGGCCUCCCGCUACGCCAGCCCGGAGAUGUGCUUCGUGUUCAGCGACAGGUUCAAGUUCCGCACGUGGCGGCAGCUCUGGCUGUGGCUGGCGGAGGCCGAGCAGGCCCUGGGGCUGCCCAUCACGGAGGAGCAGCUCCAGGAGAUGCGGGCCAACCUGGACAACAUCGACUUUGCCCUGGCGGCCGAGGAGGAGCAGCGGCUGCGGCAUGACGUUAUGGCGCACGUGCACACGUUCGGCCGCUGCUGCCCGAAGGCCGCGGGCAUCAUCCACCUGGGCGCCACCUCCUGCUACGUGGGCGACAACACCGACCUGAUUAUUCUUAGAAAUGCUUUUGACCUGCUUCUGCCAAAGCUCGCCAGAGUCAUCUCUCGACUUGCUGAUUUUGCCAAAGAACGAGCCGACCUGCCCACGUUGGGCUUCACGCAUUUUCAGCCUGCCCAGCUGACCACCGUUGGCAAACGUUGCUGCCUUUGGAUCCAGGAUCUCUGCAUGGACCUGCAGGGCCUGAAGCGGGUCCGGGAGGAGCUGCGCUUCCGGGGCGUGAAGGGUACCACGGGCACGCAGGCCAGCUUCCUGCAGCUCUUCGAAGGAGACCACCAGAAGGUAGAGCAGCUUGACAGGAUGGUGACGGAGAAGGCGGGAUUCAAGAGGGCGUUCAUCAUCACGGGCCAGACGUACACCCGGAAAGUGGAUAUUGAGGUGCUGUCCGUGCUGGCGAGCCUGGGGGCUUCCGUACACAAGAUCUGCACCGACAUCCGACUCCUGGCCAACCUCAAGGAGAUGGAGGAGCCCUUUGAAAAACAGCAGAUCGGCUCCAGCGCGAUGCCCUACAAGCGGAACCCCAUGCGCUCCGAGCGCUGCUGCAGCCUGGCCCGGCACCUCAUGGCGCUGCUCAUGGACCCGCUGCAGACGGCCGCCGUGCAGUGGUUUGAACGCACGCUGGACGACAGUGCCAACCGACGGAUCUGUUUGGCGGAGGCCUUUCUCACUGCAGAUACUAUAUUGAACACACUGCAAAACAUUUCUGAAGGAUUGGUGGUGUACCCCAAAGUCAUCGAGCGGCGCAUCCGGCAGGAGCUGCCCUUCAUGGCCACGGAGAACAUCAUCAUGGCCAUGGUGAAGGCGGGGGCCAGCCGCCAGGACUGUCACGAGAAAAUCAGGGUGCUGUCCCAGCAGGCCGCUGCCGUGGUCAAGCAGGAAGGGGGUGACAAUGACCUCAUCCAGCGGAUCCAGGCCGAUGCCUACUUCAGUCCCAUCCACUCCCAGCUGGACCACUUGCUGGACCCGUCCUCCUUCACUGGCCGGUCCUCCCAGCAGGUUCAGAGGUUCUUAGAAGAGGAGGUAUAUCCCCUGUUGAAACCAUACGAGAGUGUAAUGACGGUGAAAGCAGAGUUACGUCUUUAGAGCUGGAAGAGAAUUAAACAGAAUCAUUGUGACUUUGUUAACUUUUCAGCAGUGUCUCAUCUUACCUCAAGAAUUGUUAUCUUCUUCGGGGGCUGGAGCAAUAGCACAGGGUAGGGCAUUUGCCUUGCACGUGGCCGAUCCGGGUUUGAUUCCCAGCAUCCCAUAGGGUCCCCCGAGCACUGCCAGGAGUCAUUCCUGAGUGCAGAGCCAGGAGUAACCCCUAUGCAUCGCCAAAAAAAAUUGUUAUCUUCAGGGGCUGGAGCAAUAGCACAGUGGGUAGGGCAUUUGCCUUGCACGCAGCCCAACCCGGGUUCGAUUCCCAGCAUCCCAUAGGGUCCCCUGAACACUGCCAGGAGUAAUUACUGAGUGCAUGAGCCAGGAGUAACCCCUGUGCAUCGCCGGAUAUGACACAAAAAGAGAAAAAAAGAAAGAAGAAUUGUUACAUUCAGUUAAUACAUUUUUUUUUCCUUCCAUGGUACUUUCACGUUUCUUCAGGUUUACCACACAGAAACGGCACACGAGGUGGGCUCUGGCUGUAGCAGCGUUGGUUUCCGUGGCAGACAGCCAGGGGUGGCUCUGUUUUCUCAGCAGUUUCCCAGCAAGGCAAGGCCUUUCACACUUGCCUUUACGGCCUUCUGAGGUAGUAAGCAAAUCCCUGGUCCUCUCUUCUGAGGAUGAAUUUAAUGCGGAUUAGCAGAACCACCUGAACUCAAUCCAUUGUAGUUGAAUGCCUUUGUUUCGGUUCCGUUUGGCUAAAAUGCACCAGGAAACUUGGCACUACAGGAAGUUCUCAAAGUAACUGAUAAGAUUAUUGGACCUGCUCAGCCUAACUUGAGUCUCUCUUCACGGGUCAUUUGAUAAGGCUUGAUAUCAAGGAAAUGCUAAUUGGGUUUCUCAGUCACAUUCAGGCAGCGGGUGACAACAGACUGACCCACUGUAGUCAGUGAUGAUAGAGAUUCCCCAGUGGGAGAGAGCAGGGGAGUUACGCCACGGGCUCCGUCUUGAGUCCUAUCUCGCUGUGUUUUUUAUUUCUGCGGAGGUGAAGGCUGGCUGGGGUGGGUUGAGCAGGUUGAGUGCUUGA